AUUUAACUUCGGGCGAGAAAGAAGAAAAACCUUGUGGCUGUACUGUUUUCGCCGAGUAGCCAAUCAGUGGGUGACAUUCAAAGAUAGCCACGCCCUGAACAACUGUCAUUGGACCAAUAGAUUUGAAUAGAAAAGAGAUGACGUUUUAUUUUCAUGAUUUGGCUGUCAGUACCAGACAAGCAAACUUGAUCAUGUAUGACUUUUAGACACACUUUUGCUCAGUGUAAGCACAGACACACUAAAAGACUCUCAAUAAGUGUCUAAAUACAUGGUUGUAUUGACUUGCUAACGCUAACUAACAUCAGUUAGUCUUUUUGGUGGUUUCACUAUCGUCUCCUAGCAACCUAGUACGUACGCCUGUACGCUGCCAGCCGGGCUCCAGACGCUCAGCGCUGCCGUGCAUACUUCAUUAUUAAUGAUGCCACAGACACUAAACCUUUCGAGAAAGCAUAUGUCAAGAAAGAAAGACUCAGAAACACUGCAGCUCGUUGUAGGAUGAUGUCAGGGGAAGGAGCAGCGGCUGUGGACCGGAUCAACUAAUGCACUGCUGAGAACCAGUUUAAAGGCGGAGUAAGUUACCACAUCAACGUAAUGUUAGACUGUAAAGUUAGCAAAUAGCAGAACGGGAACUGAAAUGUGUACUUGCUUUUUGACUGUUCAGUGUUAGUGUGUAGCCUAUUUGUUGUAAUGCCGCACUCAACAUGGUGGAACAAUUACUGAGUAAAUGCACUCAAGUAAGCUACUGCAGCGUUAGUAUUUUAAAGUAGCCUGUAAUGCAAUUUAAUUGAGCUUUUUUAUUUUUUGCUCAUUGAAACUUAUAUCCUACUUCAAGGGUGGAGGUAAUCUUCACUCCACUACUGUAGUUACUUUGCAAACUAAAAUGAAUUACAAAAACUGUACUAAACAAAUUAUUAUUCUUAAUAGUUAGAAUAAAAAGAGCGUGAACUAACUUACUUGUAAGAUUUUGAAUCUAUGAGUUGUAUCUGUGGUUAACAGAUUUGCACUUCUUUCAUCACUCAUAACAACUCAUUACAUUCACUCAAGAAGCUAUACAGUAGGGUACUUACAGUAAAGUUUGGAUUACUCAUACUGCACUUGAAUAGGUCUUCUGCUACUUAAUGUACAGUAUAUACUAUUACAAAAUAAAUAAAUACAAAUGUGAAAUAAUGUGCAUUUUAUUUUAUUACAUUUAUCUGACAUAUAGUUACUAUACUGUACAUACAAAUAUUACAAUAAAUAUUGAUAUGUAUUAUUAUUUUAGAAUAUGGAUACAAAAUAAAUACCGGUAACUGCAGCAAAAUGCACAAGAGGUACUUUUACUUUUGGUAAAUGUAAAUGCUGAUAACACUUUUUAUAAACUAUUAUUUAAAAUCUAGGACUUUUUCUAGUAAUGGAGUAUUUUUGUAUUUUGGAAUUUAUUUUAAGUAGUUGACUAACAUUUCUUAUACUGCUGUUUCACACACACUUUCAACCAUAAACAUCAUUCACACAAACACUGUACUGUACAAGUCACGCAAACAUUUGACCACACAAUGCAAAGUGUGUUAAAUAAUUGACGGAUUAGCACAUUUUGAUCCAAUGUUGUCACUUAACAAGUUGCGUUGCUAAGUGAUGAAAACAGGUGCUCCAUCCUCCUUCCUUACCCCCUGCCUUGACACAGGUGAAAACAGUGUCCAUGGAGGGAGAGGAAUCAGAUGAGGAUGUUCAGGGAGAGGACCUGCCCACUGUUCUCUGGGAGAGGUGCAUUCAGCAGAGCAUCUUUGUUGACCUCAGUGAGGAUGAAAGUCUCCACCUCAGUGAUUUGGAGAGUUCUUUAGUCUUACAUCUGUCCGAGGCAGAGUCUGCAGCCUCAGAGUCCAGCAUCCAUCUCAGCGGGAGCACAGAGCUGUCACCCUUGGACGUAACCUCCUCAGAGUCCAGUUCUGUCAGCAGUCAGAGUAAGAGGGUUGUAGAGAGCAAGACCAAGAGCAGCAUAUUGCAUGUGUCUGCCCAAAGACCGAACACCGUGCAAGAUGAGCAGCCAUUAAAGCGUGAAGAACCAGGACAAGAUACCAGUGACGAGGAUCAGGAUGACUUACCUUAUGAUGGUGCCCUCGGAAGCCUCUAUUUCAACCAAACGGCUACCUCUGAGGUUGAUAUGAGCUCUGACAGAAGAGAUACAUUUCAUUCAAGUCCUGAUGUUCCUGGUGUGCUUGAAUGUAAUAGAGGAGAUAGAGAGGAAAUCAUCGAAGGCUUGGCUUCUCUUGGUCAUAACUCUGAGAAACAAGAAACUUUGUCGCAAGUGGAUGCCAAUACUGAACGGGAAAACCGUUUGGAUGCCUCCAAGUCAUUUAAGGUUGCCCCCCCAUGUCCUUGUCCUUCAGAUAUGAGCCAGCUGUUGCUGCAACAUUUCUCCCAGGAGGAGUUAUUGCGGUCAGGUAGGCUGAUCGAGGCGGAGACCCUGCCAGAGGUGUCUCUGCUGGAGAGCGUGGAAGACACUUUGUUUAGCUGGCGUCCAACACAUAACAGCACAGUAAUUAAGAGUAACCACUCAGAGAGCCCUAAUUGUAGUUCCAAGACCAACCAGAGCUUCUGUUCGGACAUGAGGAAUGAGAAGACUGCAUCAAAAAAUUCAAGUUUAGAAGAAAAAGCAGAAAGUGAAAUUGAUAAUGUCCCCUCUGCUGCUUCUGACAGUAUAAUAUCUUGCUCUCCAAGUAUAAACUCAGAACAGGGCAGUGGGGAUACAAGUGAUGUAGAUCUAGAGAAUCAGGAAAAGGAUGAAGAGGAUCAUCUGGUUCAGAGAGGCCCACUUGUGCGCACCAGGUCCUUCAGCGACAUCAAGUAUGGCCAAGGCAAGGUCCAUUACCCACUCCCUGACUUCUCCAAGGUAGCCUCAAAGGUAAACAUCCCCAAAGCUCCGAGUGGACCUGUCAAACCUGUUCCUCAGAGUCCCAGCACCAUGCACAGAGCCCAAUCCUCUCCAGGGAUGUUAGAUUUGAUCAACAGAGUCAUGGAAGAUUCAAUCCAGCCAUCUGAGAAGCCCUAUGUCUUCAAAGACGAGGACAAACCGACUGCUCCAGCACUGGUGCAUCACCUGCAGGCUGAAUAUGACAAACUACUUACCAAGUAUGCUGAAGCAGAGAACCUUAUAGAUCAAAUGAGAAUAGGAACCAAUGUUCAGCCCUCCUCAGAGGUGAUGCUUUAUUUAGAGUGUGAAGAUGAUCAUCAGGGAAACUUAGUUGAGGGAAGCCAUGUUGGAUCUUCGCCUCCUCGCCUUCCCACGUCAGAACAUUUUGGUGAGAAAGGAGAAACAACCCCCCAGAGCAACACCACAGUGGUGACCGCCGCUUCCUCCAGCCAGCCUGAGGAGGGUCCCAGUGACGGGGAAAUAAUGACUGCAGAGCUGACAGACAUCAUCAGCCAGUUCAUGCAGAAUGUGGAAGAAUUCAAAUUGAGUGUGAGCAAAAUGUCAAUGAGCACGGCAGAACAGCAAAUGAUGUUGAGGAGCAUGAUGGAGGCUCAGGACCAACUGGAGAGAAAAUACAUCAGUAGGAAGGAAGAGCACCGAGCUCUGGAGAUGCAAAACUACAUGGGCCUGUGUAGGAACGCCGGCACAUUUGACCCAAACAGGUUGGUGGAGGGAGACAUUUUCAGGAUAGGGAUGCACCUUGAGGACAUAAAGGAGGUGAUAGAUAAAAACGUGUGUGAGCAGAUAUCUCCACCCCACUCGUCCUCCACUCCCACACACAUGAAGGAGAUGCUGCAUGUGAAGCCCACUCCUCUCUGCAUGCCCACACCCUCACCUCCACCAUCCCUGCAUGAGAGGCCAAGUGCACAUUUUUCUACUGAGGUGUAUAAGACGGAGGAAGAGGAAGAAAAAGAGGAGGAAGUGGAGGAGGCCAGUGAAGUCCAUGAAGAUGAUGUGUUACAACAAAGCAGUGAACUCAUAACAACGGACAUUUUACUGAAAAUUAACAGCCACUCCCAUUCAAGGUUCUCCUCUCUGUCCUGCAUCAGGAGCUCACUGGGCUCUCUGGAGGGACUGGAAGGACAGACAGCUGAAGAAGAGAGAGGCUCUGUCUUGUCAGAGGCGUUGGAUCACAGUAACAUCUUAGCAUACUUGAGUGAAAGUAGCUCAUCUUCAAGACUGAGGCAUUGGACACCCCACAGACUCACUACAUAUCUCACUUGUUGUUGCAGUAGUAGCACCCCGGAUAGUGUCCUGAACCAGGCAGGUGAAUGUGAUCUGGGCGAGAGUGCUAGUCUGGCUGUGGAGAUCUCCUCUUCCUUCGAUGCACCCAGACCCUCAGAUAGCCUCAGUCCCUCAGAGCCGCCCCUCAACACCUCUUCUGUAUCACAGAGGAUUGUGAGUCCAGAGACAGACAGUGGAUUUGGGAGCUCAUACUUAAAUCAAUCCACCUCCGGACCAUUUCAGCAGAAUCUGCUCACAGAAGGUGUGCAGUCCCAGAAUGAUGGUUUAAGUAGCUCAGCCAGUGAGGGCUCCUGCUCCAACGUGCAGACAGCCAUUCACCCUGUCCCCCAGCGGUGGGCCAGCCCCCACCCCUCUGUCCAGACACAGCCCUGUGGUGCAGCAGUGGAGCACUGGGUGGAGAGCACCACCAAGGAGCCUUCAGUCAGGCUGCAAGAGUUUGAAAGCAGCCUCUCUGCCCAGCUCCAUCACCAAGUAUCUGAACCAGCACUGAGCAUCACCAUGGAUACGGAGGAGAGAGGCAGCCCACUGGACUCGUGCUCCUGCAACAGCGAGGCUAUCCUGGCCUUGCAGUCAGAGGUAUCCCGGCUGAAGAAAGAACUGAACGAGGGCUUGGUCCAGCUGCCUCAUCUGGCACAGAAGAUGGACUAUCUCACCUCCAAAUACAGGCAGGGGCACAAGUCUAAAACCAGACCCCGGACCCACCACAGACCAGCAUGCAACAGUUCCAGUGAGGCGAGGAUAGAGGACUGGAUCUCUUCAGACAUGGAACCAAGCAAGAGCAAAGGUACUCUUCUACCAGUUCACACUAAUAAGCAAAUUGGAGCAAAACACUCCAUGUCUGUAAUCAUUUGCUCUUCAGGUACAGACAGUGGUGACACAUCUGGCUCUGAGAUGAUGUUACAGCUGCAGAGCUCACCUGUAGAGGGCAGGAGAGGCAGCAGCAGUGUGCGAUCUGCACCUGAGAGUCAAUAUAAGCUACAUGAGGCGCUGCAAUCCAACAGAGGGUCAGAGGGAAAGGACUCUCGUCUGACCAGCUCCCCUUUAAAAGGAGGCAAGCAGAGAACACAAACUGCCAUCAUGGAGAGUUUUUACUCCAAGGGGAGGACGUCUCUUUUCUCCUCUCUUCAGAAGCCUCUUCUCCAGGUCAGCUACGGCUCCUGCAGCAGCCUGCCUGCAAGCUAUAAAGUGAGGGAGCCUCCGCUGCACGUCCACAGAAAGCGCUCCACCCAGUCAGACACCGCCCUCCUGCCCAGUGAUGUGUACUUCCAGAGGACACCGUCCCCAGCAGCAGUGUCCUCAAAGACUAUCAGCAGGACAGGCAGACGCAGAGGGAGCAAGGAGGAAGAAAUGAGCAGGACUCUGGACCAGGCUAUAGAGGUGGCCCGCAGCAUGAAGAGGACUACCGACCGCCUGGCCAAGAGGCUUUCAGCUGACCUGGCAGAGGCUCAUCUCCACAGUAAACUGCACAAGCAGCCACGAGGGGGCAGGAAGCAUCGCCACAACAAGAAGAGUUCAUAUCAGUUUACUCUGUAAUCAUCAAUCUGUACUGUGUGUCUUUGUGGACAAUUCAUUGUUGGAUAAUAAGUUAUUUAAAGAUGUGUUUGUGUUAAGUUAUUGUUUUUUUUACAUGAUUGUAUGUUUGUUUAUUUAUAAUUUAUUUGGAAGUCUGAAA